CGGCCACGUUAAAAUAGCUCGUUUGCGGGAGUUCGUCAGCGGUCAGGGGGUGCCGUGCCGCCGGGAAAAAAGGUGUGAGCGGUCGCGCGCGCUUUCUCGCUCGUAUUUUCUCACGUCUCGAGGAAAAUCUUAAAUGCGCGCGGAUCAGUGACGCGACUGCCGCGUGAGCGUCGUCGACGAACAAACGGAAAAACAACAACAACAACAACAAUAGAAAUGGAUUGCUGGUCGGUUUGGCUGUUGCUCGUCUCGCUGCUCGGCGCGCUCCUACUCACGGGCGGCGUCGAGCUAACCUUUGAACUGGCCGACAAUGCUAAGGAGUGUUUUUACCAAGAGAUCGAGAAGAACGUCUCGUCCACGCUGGAAUUUCAGGUGGUUACAGGUGGCCAGUACGAUGUAGAUGUAACUUUAGAAGCUCCAAAUAAGGAAAUUAUCUAUAGCCAAGUGAAAACACAGUUCGACUCGCACUCUUUUAUACCAACUAUGUCAGGAAUAUAUAAGGCGUGCUUCAGCAACGAGUUUUCUACAUAUUCGCACAAACUGGUGUACAUGGAUUUCCAAGUCGGCGACGAACUGCCGCUUCCUGGUCUUGGAGAACAUGUCACAGUCAUGACUCAGAUGGAGUCUUCCGCGCAAGAAGUGCACAAAAAUCUAAUCAGUAUCCUGGACUAUCAGACGCAUCACCGUCUGCGUGAGGCUCAGGGUCGCAAACGUGCGGAGGAGCUCAACGAGCGUGUGCUCUGGUGGUCGGUAAUGGAGACUGUUUGCAUAUUGAUCAUCGCCGUGGGACAGGUUUUUAUUCUGAAGAACUUCUUCACCGAUCGAAGCCCUUCCCAAAGUUAUUAAGUGUGUUAGCGAAAUAAAAAAACGGAAAAGGAAGAACUCGUUCGCGAUCAAGGUAUAUGAUCGAAUCGUCCACGUGACGAUACCUUUUUUUUUCCAUCAUUGAUCAAAGUGCCAUCGUAAUGCCUCCCCGUGACGGAACUUUCAGCCGCGAGUCUUCUCCGACAAUCGAGGAAAGGAUCGCUCUCGAGAGGAUUCCGCGAUUAGAAUCCAAAAAAAGUCGUUCGAGAGAAGCACGAGGUGAUCCAAAUAUACAUACUAUGAAACGCGCGUUACAUCGUUCGCGAGUAUUAAUUUAUGCCGAGGCUGAGAACAUUUUAAAACAUGGGUGCUGAUACAACGCAGAGCGAUCAGAAGGACGAGUGCAAGCGAUACGAACUCGUCGUUCAUCUCUCCUUCCCGAUGGACACUCUCAAGUUGUACUUAUACUGGCUACACGGACAGUAUAAUGGACAUUGAAGAGAGACUACGUUUUUUUUCUUACUGUGAAUGUGUAACAUAAUAAAUUAAAGAUACUUGUGUGUACAUCACGUCUACUCGUAUCGCCAAGCGAUCUGAUUAAUUUUUCCCGUCUCUCGUUAUUUGUCGCGCCUUCCGUUAUUUAUCGUAGGCAUUAGUUGAGAAGUUACUUAAAUAAACGCAGUUGAUUAUUUA